AAAACCUUAAAGUGUAAAUAUAUUAGAUUGUGUCCACACAGCCCGGCCCUAAUCCAUUCCAGUUUCAUCAUGUUGUGUUUGUGUGAAAUUGUUUCUGUUGUUUUCAGGACGAGCAGUACAUGUUGAGGAGCAAGCCCACUGGCCUCUGCCUGAUCAUAAACAACAAACAUUUUGUUGGUGGUGACGUGAGAUAUGGAACCGAUAAAGAUGCUGGAAGAUUGGCAGAGGUGUUCAGCUGGCUGGGGUUCAGAGUGCUGAUGUGUAAAGACCAAACCAAGGACCAGAUGGAGCGAGCGCUGAAAUGCUUUGCUUCUCAGUGGGGCCUUUCUCAGCUGCAGGAGUUCAAGGUCCAGGUCCAGGAGUGGACUGGAAGCAGAUUCACCAAACUUCGAGAGGCUCCUCGGCAUGGCGAUGCCUUCAUCUGCUGUGUUCUCAGUCACGGAGACAAGGGUGUCGUAUCGGGGGUUGAUAGGAAGCCCCUCCGUAUCAAACAAAUAACGAGAAUCUUCAUGGCAACUCCUCAAUCUCCCCUCACUGCCAAGCCCAAAGUGUUCCUGAUCCAGGCCUGCCAGGGGGGCCAGAUACAUCCUAAGGUGUUAUUAAAGGGUCUGCAGGCUGAUGGCUCUCGCUCGACACAGCCGGCUGAUGGCUCUCCCUCGAAAUUCAUCCCUCAGGAAGCAGAUUUUCUAGUUCAUACUGCCACUAUUGAAGAUUAUUAUUCUAUGAGAGACCCAGAGGAGGGGAGCUGGUUCAUCCAAUCUGUCUGUAACCAGCUAAUAGAGGGCUGUCAGAGGAAUGAAGAAAUUGAAGUCAUACUCCGCCGCGUGAACAAGGAAGUAGCCAGGAAAGACAGUGUUUUGAGAUGUGUUCCGGAGUCUGGUACGAGCUGUGGUCCAACAACGCAGAUGCCUGCAAUUUGGCACACCCUGAGGAAGCGUCUUGUGUUGACUCCUCGCAACUGAAGCCUCAUCGCCAAACACACAAUACUCACUGACUGAGGGCACCUGGCCGCCGGCACCUGAGGAGUGAAAGGCCUGAGCCAGAGUCUCUCUCUCUGCUGAGGAUCUGUUUGGAAAGCAGCUAUCUGAUUCAUGCUUUGGUUUACCUUCAUCUUAGUUUGGCAUUUGUUGAGAUCUCCAUAUCAGGUUGAAUAAUUAAAACGAAAGUUAGUUAUAAUCAAAUAUAAUCAAUUAUAUUCUUGUAUAACCCACAAUGAAAAUG